AUGUCAUCUACAUUGACUAAAUAUUUCUCGCCAUUUGUGAAUCACGAAGAAGAACUGUGUCUCUUGCAGAUUUUUAAACCAUUCUAUGUUUUACUUUCCGCUCUCGGAUUAUUUCCACAAUCCAUAACAUUUCCUGAUGGAACUUACAAAACUAAUGUGGAAAUUAAAAACAGCACAAUCAAUUCCGGAUGCACAAUAUUUAUAUUUGUUCUUAUUCACAGCUUUUUCGUUUUUCAUUUACAAGAAUUGAAUAUCUCUAGUAAAGACAAUGUCAUGACGGAAAACAAAAUGAUUUUGAUAAGCUACACCGUCGCCUUAGUUAUGCAAAUAUUAUUUUGUUCAGUUUCCUAUUUUAGAGUCAUUUGUGAUAGACAAAUAUAUAUUGACGUUUUGAACGAGUUGGCGGACUGUUGGGAAAGAUCAGCGAUGGGCAAGAGGAGGCUAAUUCUUGGAAGAUUACGAGUACACGUCAACUGUGUAAUUCUGGUGACUGUGUUCAUAAGUUUUCUUUUAACGAUGCUUCCUACAUAUAUUGAAAUAAACUUAACCAUCUGGAAGAUAAUAUUAACAGCCCUGACGUUUCAUCUGCCUGAGCUGGUACAGAUUGGAAUGCUGACAUUCUAUUUCGUAUUGGUGUUGAUGAUCGUGGCGCUGUUGAAAAAUAUUGAAGAGGAGUUAAUAUUAAUUUUGCAACUGACAAAAAACAAUUAUAAUGAUACUGUUGAAGUUGAUAUGAGGAUGGAUAUGAGUGAGGUGAUGAAGGUGUAUGUAAAAACGCUGGGGUUGAAGCGACAGGUGAACGCAGCGUUCCAGGCGCCGAUCCUGGUAGCUCUAGCGUCCAGCUUCCUAGAGAUAGUGAUCGUGCCGCACUUGAUGUACCACGGUCUCGCCUUCCAGACUAAUUUCUCCACCCAAGAAAUUAUCACUUGCAGCACCUGGUUUUUAAAUCAGUUACUCAAAAUAUAUGCCUUGGCGCGCUCAGGCGAACUUUUGAAGUCGCAAGUCAACGAAAUAGGCCGCACUAUUCAUAACAUUCCGAUACGGGGUGGUCUAGAUUCGAAAGUUCUUUUAGAAGUGCAGCAUUUCUCAUCGUUGAUGACUUAUCAGGAUUCAACAAUAACUAUCUAUGGCUACUUUCCACUGGAUGCAACUCUCUUAUUUAAUAUGAUGGCAUCAGCUGCGAUGUAUUUAGUGAUUUUGGUACAGUUUGACAAACCUGAAUAA